UCAUAUGGAAUCAAUGACUGAUAUCCUAUAAGGAUUGUGCAUUCCAGUAUGAUUCCAAUGGAAAAUUCCCGUUUGCCGCUCGUUGGCUCACGGGCGACUUCCCUCCAGACGUAUUUGAGGUGCUGAACACAUCGCUCUGACAAUUUAACCAGUUUAUAGAAUAAAAUCAAAUAUACAAUGGCGGAUAAUGAUGAUCUUUUGGAUUACGAAGAUGAAGAGCAAACCGAGCAGCAAGUGACCGAGGCGCCGGAAGCGCCCAAGAAGGACGUAAAAGGCACAUAUGUGUCGAUUCACAGUUCCGGUUUUCGGGAUUUCUUAUUGAAACCUGAAAUUCUGCGAGCUAUUGUUGAUUGCGGCUUUGAGCAUCCUUCAGAAGUCCAGCACGAAUGCAUUCCACAAGCUGUGCUCGGCAUGGAUAUUCUAUGUCAAGCAAAGUCCGGUAUGGGUAAGACAGCCGUUUUCGUUUUGGCGACACUACAACAGUUGGAGCCAACCGAAAAUCAUGUCUAUGUUCUCGUCAUGUGUCACACUCGGGAGCUUGCGUUUCAAAUAAGCAAAGAAUACGAACGCUUUUCGAAAUAUAUGCCAUCGAUAAAGGUUGGGGUGUUCUUUGGGGGGUUACCUAUUCAAAAAGAUGAAGAAACAUUGAAGUCGAUGACUCCGCAUAUUGUGGUCGGAACUCCAGGACGUAUUUUGGCCUUGAUACGUAACAAAAAGCUGAAUCUCAAACACUUGAAACAUUUUAUUCUUGACGAGUGCGACAAAAUGUUGGAGCAAUUAGAUAUGCGCCGCGAUGUCCAGGAAAUUUUCCGUAACACACCACACGGAAAACAAGUCAUGAUGUUCUCGGCCACACUAAGCAAAGAGAUUCGCCCGGUCUGCAAGAAAUUUAUGCAAGAUCCUAUGGAAGUUUAUGUUGACGACGAGGCAAAGUUGACAUUGCAUGGUCUCCAGCAACACUACGUCAAGUUGAAGGAAAACGAAAAGAAUAAGAAAUUGUUUGAAUUGCUUGAUGUGCUGGAAUUCAACCAGGUGGUAAUCUUCGUGAAAUCAGUUCAACGCUGCAUGGCCCUCGCUCAAUUGUUAACCGAACAGAACUUCCCAGCGAUUGGCAUCCACCGGGGCAUGAGCCAGGAGGAACGUCUAUCCCGCUAUCAGCAAUUCAAGGAUUUCCAAAAGCGUAUUCUGGUGGCGACAAAUCUUUUCGGACGUGGUAUGGAUAUCGAACGAGUCAACAUUGUGUUUAACUACGACAUGCCCGAGGAUUCUGACACAUACUUGCAUCGAGUGGCACGCGCGGGACGAUUCGGUACCAAAGGUCUGGCAAUCACCUUCGUCUCGGAUGAAACAGACGCCAAGAUUCUGAAUGAGGUUCAGGAUCGAUUCGACGUAAACAUUACAGAACUUCCAGAUGAGAUUGAUUUGUCGUCCUACAUUGAGGGACGAUAAACGCUCUCCGUAUGGAACUUGGGGCUGAAUGAUAGUUCUAGGAUUUAUGUUUAGACUUUAGUUAUAAAAUCACUACUUUUACGGUUUAAGAAUUCGUGUGCAUUCACACCUGAUUUUACCUUCGAUUCCUUUUUAUAUGAUUAAUUCUUCUAUUGUAAUUGCUGAGUAGAUUUGCUCCUGUUUUCUGACUUGGAAAGUACAUAAAAUAAAACGCCACUAAUGUAAUGAAA